AUGGGUUCUGACGAUGAACCGUUGACCUUGUCUGCUCUGACAUUAGCAGCCUUACAGGAGUUCAAAAAGGAAGAGGAAGAGAACGUGAAAAAAUUCAUUGAGUUGAAGAAGAGGGCAGAAGAUGAGGAUCAGGAGCGGAAGAUGACCAUUCACGACUUUAAGGAGGACUGGCAGCUUUCUCAGUUUUGGUACAAUGAUUCAACAGCAGAGAUCUUGGGGAAAGCUAUCUUACAAGAUGCGGAUGAAAAUACAGUCAUUGCGAUUGCAUCUGCUCCUUCAGUGUACGCUGCUAUUCAAAAACUUCCCAAGAGUGAAGUACCUACAGAGCACAUUUACUGUCUUGAGUUCGACCGUCGGUUUGAAGUUCUUGCUGGGAAAAACUUUGUUUAUUACGAUUACAAUGAGCCCCAUAAUCUACCAGCUCAAGUUUUGCACAAAUGUCAUCGAAUCUUAAUUGAUCCCCCUUUUCUCGAAGAGGAAUGUCAAAACAAAUCGGCAAUUGCAGCGAGAAACAUGCUCGUAGAAGAUCUUUCACAAAAGACAAUAUCGGGGGCUCUUCAGUACCGAUUAAUAACCUCGACUGGUGAACGCAUGGGUCCUGUAGUCAAAACGAAUUAUCCGGAUACAGAGAUCACAGAUUUUUUUCCGGAACACAAGAAUGGCUUAAGCAAUGAAUUCAGGUGCUAUGCUACAUUUGAAAGUGACUAUUGGAAGUUUAUAAAAUCAUAA